AUGAGUAACAAAUCUAAGCUUCAACCUGCUGCUCGUGUUGCUGCAAGAAAGCAAGACGUUUGGUCCAUUGUCAAUGAGGGUGCUGCCGCCUCCCCCAAACAACCUAUUGUGAAUAUGGGCCAAGGCUUCUUCGGAUACAAUCCUCCCAAGUUUAUCCUCGAUGCCGCCAAGGCAGCUCUUGAUAAGGUUGAAUGCAACCAGUAUUCGCCAACGAAGGGUCGUCCACGGGAGACGCGAAGCAAUGGGGAUAUUCGCUUACCAGCUGCAGGCAUGCUUAGUGCCUUUAUGGGUUUCAUCGAGGAGGGAGACGAGGUCAUAAUAUUUGAGCCAUUCUUUGACCAAUACAUCAGCAACAUUGAAAUGCCGGGGGGGAAGAUUCGUUACGUACCCCUUCACCCACCUGAACGGGGUGCGACUCACAACACUUCUGCUGGCGAAUGGACGAUAGACUUUGCGGAGCUCGAGGCGGCCAUUACACCCAAGACAAAGAUGAUCGUGCUAAACACGCCUCACAAUCCAGUUGGAAAGGUUUUCUCAAAAGAGGAAUUGCUUAAGAUUGGGGAGCUUUGCGUCAAGAACGAAAUUAUCAUUCUUUCCGAUGAAGUGUAUGACCGACUCUACUAUACGCCAUUUACAAGAAUCGCAACAUUGUCUCCAGAAAUUGAAAGACUCACACUUACCGUCGGGUCUGCGGGAAAGAACUUUUACGCUACUGGAUGGCGUGUCGGAUGGUUGAUCGGACCACCACAUCUGAUUCAAUAUGUUGCAGCAGCACAUACCAGAAUUUGCUAUUCUUCUGUGUCUCCACUGCAAGAAGCUGCUGCUGUCGGGUUUGAAGAAGCUGAUACCAACAAUUUUUGGGAGUCAGCCGUUACUGAGAUGAAAGGUAAAAUGGAUCUUUUCAACGAAAUUUGGAAAGAGCUGGAUCUUCCCUUUUCCGACCCCGAAGGAGGUUAUUUCGUUUUGGUGAACAUGAAGAAGGUCAAGAUACCUUCGGAUUAUCCAUUUCCAGACCACGUUAAAGAUCGUCCAAGAGACUUCAAGUUGAGCUGGUUUUUAAUACAGGAGGUUGGCGUAGCUGCUAUUCCUCCAACCGAAUUUUACACAGAUGAAAAUGCUCAUAUUGGCGAGGACUGGUUGCGAUUUGCGGUAUGCAAAGAGGAUAAGGUUCUUGAAUCAGCAAAAGAGAGGUUGAGAGACCUGAAGAAGUAUAUCGAGGCAUAG